UCCGCAAGAGCAGCAUCUCUGUGUUUUGUCCUACUAUCGUCUCACAAUUAUGAAGGAUUAAGGAUAUACUCUCUCUCCAUUCUUACCACCUUUUGUAUAUUAUUCGCUAUAAACGAUAUUUGCAGAUAAAACGCAUUGAUUGAUGUUAUAAUGGAGAAAUCACCCAGUAGUAGAAUCGAAUAAAUACACCCAAUCGAGAAAUUCCGCUCUGCUUCUAACUCACUAACCCCAAACAGAAGCUCAGAUUCUCUAUUGGAUUCGCACCACUAGUUCGAUUCAGUAAUGUCGCUGUUUCGCAAGUUGUUCUACCGCAAGCCGCCUGAUGGCCUUCUCGAGAUCUGCGAGAGAGUUUAUGUGUUUGAUUGUUGUUUCACAACUGAUUCUUUGGAGAAACAAGAUUACAAAAGCUAUGUGGGAGGCAUUGUCAACCAACUCAGAGAAAACUAUCCUGAUUCUUCAAUCUUAGCUUUUAAUUUCCGACAAGGGGAGACGCAGACCGAGAUAGGGAGUGUUUUGACAGGAUAUGAUAUGACCGUAAUGGAGUAUCCUCGCCAAUACGAAGGUUGUCCGCUCCUCCCAAUGGAGGUUGUUCACCACUUCUUAAAAUCUAGCGAAAGCUGGCUGUCACUAGGGAUCCAAAAUUUGCUUCUCAUGCACUGCGAACGUGGUGGUUGGCCUGUUUUAGCUUUCAUGUUGGCUGCUUUGCUGAUCUACAGAAAGCACUACAGUGGGGAAUUUAAGACCUUGGACAUGGUGCACAAACAAGCUCCUCGAGAGCUUUUAUACUUGAUGUCCCCCUUGAAUCCAAUUCCUUCUCAGUUAAGGUACUUGCAAUAUGUGACAAGGAGAAACGUCGCAACAGAAUGGCCACCGAUAGACCGGGCACUCACCUUGGAUUGUAUUAUUAUGAGAAUGAUUCCUAAUUUUGACGGCAAGGGUGGUUGCCGACCAAUAUUUUGUAUUUAUGGACAAGAUCCACUUUCUGUUUCUGAGCGUGCACCCAAGGUAUUAUUCUCGACUCCAAAGAGGAAUAAAGCUGUUCGACACUACAAGCAGGGUGAAUCUGAAAUAAUAAAGGUUGACCUCAAUUGCCACAUUCAAGGUGAUGUUGUGCUGGAAUGUAUCAGCUUGGAUGAUGACAUGGAGCGGGAAAAGAUGAUGUUUCGUGUCAUGUUUAACACUGCUUUUAUAAGGUCAAAUAUUUUAAUGCUCAAUAAGGAUGAUAUUGAUAUUUUAUGGAAUGCAAAGGAACAAUUUCCUAAGGACUUCAGGUCAGAGGUUCUUUUCUCUGAGAUGGACACUACCACUUCCCUGGUUCGUGUGGACUCCUCCUGCUUUGAGGAGAAGGAUGGCCUUCCAGAGGAGGCCUUUGCUAAAGUUCGUGAAAUGUUUAAUAGUGUGGAUUGGUUAGUUCCGAAGGGAAAUUCUGGAGUUGAAGUUCUAAAGGAGAGCCUUGCAGGAUUAGAUGUUCAAUCUCUUGCUAAGAGCCACACAAGUCUAAGUUCUGAGAACCAGUCUGAUUUAUCACCAAAAUUUUCCCAAAACACUGAUACGGCUAGUAUUCAAGCUGACCACCAAUUUUCACCGACUGAUAUGACGGCAGUCAUAUCCUCGAAGUUAACGCUAAUCCCUUCUGGUGAUCAUUCUCCACCCUCAUUGACUUCACCACAUCAUCAAUUUUCUAUAACAAAAACUCUUCAUUUGUCACCCAGACAACAAUAUGAAACAAAGGCUCAACCGAGUCUUACAGCUGAGGCCAAAGAUGUUUCUCCUUUAUGUGCACCUAAAGAAACAUCAUAUGCUAAAACCUCACCUACAAGUGCACCAUCUCAGUCAGCAAGAGAUGCAGGUGCCUCUUUUGGACCUUCUCUUUAUAGUCAACAAACUUCACCUUUUACCCAUUCAAAGGAUAAAAUCGGCUCUGUAAGUGCAGCUCAUUCUCUCCCACUUCUGCCACUGGAGACCGCUAGUGGCCGCCCUUUUAGGGACGAAAAUAUAUCAUUUUCAGCUGAAGAUUUGCCAGAAGCCCCUAAAGCCGAAGCUCCUCCAACUCCUCCUGUGUCUGAUCUGCAUGCAGCUCCUACUGGGGUUAAAACAGCUCCUGUAUGUGGUCCAGCACAACCUGCACCUAUUCCUUCUUCACCACCACAACUACCACCACCUCCUAAGGAAAGUUUUAGCGGUGGGGAGUCCACUCCACUUUCUGGGGUUGGUGCAUCUCCCACAACCCCGAGUAUGGGGCAUAGCUCAGGCGCAGUAUCUGUGCCUUGUCCCCCGCCACCCCCUCAGCUCCUGGAAGAGAUAUCUGGUGGAGGAGGGCCUCUGUGUCCUAUACCUCCUCUGCAUCCCGUGGGACCUAAUACUCCACCAAAUGUAUCUCCACCACAGCCUCCUCCACCCCCUGCCAUCCCCACUACCAAGAGUUCUUCAAAUAUUCCUUCAGCACCUCCUCCACCUCAUUCUACAAACAAUACUGCUAGUGGAGGCAGUUUGCCUGGAGCUCCGUCUCCCCCUCCACCUUUGGCCCCUCUACCUGGGACAAAAGGGAAAGCCUUGUUGUCGCGUACACAGGUUUCAAAAAAUAACCAAUCGAAAAAAUUGAAGCCAUUGCACUGGCUAAAAAUAUCAAAAGCUGUUUCAGGAAGCUUGUGGGCUGAGAAUCAAAAAUCUGAAGCUUCUAAGGCUCCGGAGAUUGAUAUUUCAGAACUUGAAUCUCUCUUCUCAGCAGCAGUUCCAAAUAAAGGUCAAGGGGGCAGAAAAACUGGUUCACUAGCUUCAAUAAGCAGUAAACCUGAAAAAGUGCAAUUGAUAGAACACAGGCGUGCAUACAACUGUGAAAUAAUGCUGUCAAAAGUGAAGAUACCCUUGCAAGAUAUGCUGCAUUUGGUUUCAAGUGUUUCCAUAAUAGCAUUUUCGGCAAAUUUACAGAGUUCAGUACUUGCCUUGGAAGACUCUGCAUUAGAUGUCGAUCAGGUUGAUAACCUAAUCAAGUUUUGUCCAACUAAAGAUGAGAUGGAAGUUCUGAAGAGUUACAAAGGUGAAAGAGACAAUUUAGGCAAAUGCGAACAGUUCUUUUUGGACUUGAUGCAUGUGCCACGGAUAGAACAUAAGUUGAGAGUUUAUUCCUUUAAAAUUCAGUUCCGUGCCCAGGUUUCUGACCUCAGGAAGAGUUUGGAUGUGGUGAAUUCUGCUUCAGAUCAGAUCAGGGGUUCUGCUAAGUUGAAAAGAAUCAUGCAAACAAUUCUUUCUCUGGGUAAUGCUUUAAACCAGGGAACUGCUCGAGGAUCUGCUGUGGGGUUCAGGUUGGAUAGCCUCCUCAAACUUACUGAGACUCGUGCCCUGAAUAAUAAGAUGACCCUGAUGCAUUAUUUGUGCAAGGUUCUUUCGGACAAAUUGCCGGAGCUUCUUGAUUUUUGGCAAGACCUUUCCAGCCUGGAACAUGCGUCAAAGAUACAACUGAAAUUUUUGGCUGAGGAGAUGCAAGCUAUUAACAAAGGGCUUGAAAAAGUUAUGCAGGAGUUGUCCAUGGCAGAAAGUGAUGGCCCUGUCUCCGAACACUUUUGCCAAGCUCUGAAGGAGUUCCUUUGUUUUUCCGAAGGUGAAGUCAGGACAUUGGCUUCACUUUAUGCUACAGUGGGGAAGAAUGUAGACUCAUUGAUCCUAUAUUUCGGGGAAGAUCCUGCGCGUUGCCAAUUUGAGCAAGUGAUCUCGACUCUCUCCAACUUCGUAAAGAUGUUCAAGCAAUCCCACGAGGAAAACUGCAAGCAGAUAGAGACCGAGAAAAAGAAGGCAGAGAAAGAAGGCGCAGCAGAACCUACAAAGAUGAAUGCCUCUGAUACUGGACAUUUGUUACAGUCACAAGUUAAUAGUGUCAAUUAACUGGAACCAAAUUUGGGUGAAGCAGAGUUUGAUAAAUUUACGUUCCGGAUUGGCUGAAAUGAUCUUUCUGAACUAAACUGCCCGCCUUGCUGGGAAGCCGCCCGAUGAUGGUCUAUUCCUCUGUUGGAUAGUUCGGUGCAGAAGAAUUCCGUUAUCAAAUAUGAUGAGGUGUGUUAAGCUCUAUGUUCUCUUUUAUUCCUUUAUAGCUGGAGAGAGAUUUUCAUCUGAUGCCUCAAGUCGGUUCGUGUUGGAAUUUCAGAAGAAUGAAGGUCGUGCGACUUUUUUUUACUGGCCAACGUUCCAUGUAGCAUCUCUUAGGCUCCUAAAAUCUAGUAUAAGAUAUUCUCACACACUUUUCUUUCUUUCUUUCUUUGUGUGGGGUACAUAGUUGGUUGUUUCAAAUACGUUGUACAGUAAUCUUAUUCGAGCUUCAAAUAAAAUUUCGUUGAGGGUGUA